AUGGCUGCCCUCUCGUCAGAGCACAGCUCUCCAGGCGACUCGACGUCAUUCUACUCCGUGCCCGAAGGCAACUCGACGACCGCGAGCAGCCCGCUCAACAGCGACCCUAGCCCCUACCGCGAGGCGCGACAGUUUGGGUACACCCUGAAGCAGGCCAUCAAGAUAUCGCUGGAGGAGAAGACAUACCUGUCCGGCCUCAACCUCUGCCGCAGCGCGCUCGCGGCUGGCGCCUCGAAACGGAAGAACCACGCAAAACCAAGGCCCGUCCCCAUCCCGCCGCCCAGGCAUCUGGCCCUCAUCGCGACACUAGCCGUGCACCCCGAGCAGACCACGCGCGCCGAAAAGGGCAGCCAGACGGUCGUCUCGUCGCAUGCCCUCGACUACCUCUGCAGCCUCCUUCGCAUCGUCGGGCCGCUCCAUGCCGACUUUCGAGAUGCGUUCCAAUUCCUCCACCUCGGCAGGCCGGGGCGCAGAUCAGGCUACAAUAGCCACGGCAACAAUAGUGACUUGUCCGACUGUGAAGCUGAAUCCGACGCCGCCGACCGACUGAGGGGUAAACUCGCCAACGAGAGCUCGCUCUGGCACCGGGGCCGGGACCUUUGGUCCGUCCUGGGAUGGGCGCUCAACUGCAGCUCCCUGUAUCCGCAGCGAUGGCGGUACUGGAAGCCAUGGCUGGAGUUCAUGGCCGACGUGCUCGAGGCGGACUGGCGCGAGCGGGAGCGGCAGGACCUCGACGCGUACGAGGCGGAUGGCAGUGUCGGCGAGGUGCCCCUAACCCUACGGCACGACUCCAUGAUCGCCAUGUACAUGGACGAGCCGCAGGGCGGGCGGCGCGGGUCGCCCAAGCUCUUUGUCAAGGCCAUCCUGGCGGACGGCAGCGAUCUGUCGUCCGCCGCGUUCCCCGAGGUGUUUGAGAAGGAGCCACGGGGACGCAAGAAGGAGUCGAGAAAACGCAAAAGGGAGAGCAUCAACAUUGAGAGCGGCAACUUUGGCGACUAUCUGGACGACGACGCCAUCUCCUCGGGGGGCUCCGAACCACCGACGCCACAGAAGGCUCGGUCGUCGGGACGGCCGCCGCGGGAGACUACGUUUGGGGAGCAGCACGCCGGGUUCGUCGAGUCCAUCGACAUCCGGCUGCGCCUGUUCAAGCUGCUCUCCCUGGCGCUCUGGCAGUUUCGCAAGUUGGAUGAGAUGGACGACCUGUACAUUGAGUUUGCUGCCGGGCUUCGGUUGCUUUCGCUGCCAGCCUUUGCGCUCGUUGUGACGCAGCGGCAGAACGCACUCAUCCCCGAGACGCACACCACCGUCCUCAAGGCGCUGUUCCACCACCUGUUGUCGCGGUACAAACAGCCGGCCUUGGUGGAUCCAGAGGCGGAGCAAGCAGCGGCCCUGUCAAGCAUCAUGCUCGCGAGGUGCUACGCCCUGCACGCAGCCAACAGCACGUCCGCCGAGGACAAUGCGAAGCUGUCCAUUGCGAUCGAGAGCGCGCUGCAGCUGAUCUGGAUGAGCAACAAGGUUGGCAACAACAGGGAACUGAGAGAACUGGUGGCGGCUGUCGAGACGGGGAUCGCGGCACGCGAGAACAAAGUCAAGGUGAAGAGGAAGAGCGGCAAAAACACGGCUGGUGCGGCCGAGGCGAUGGCUCAGGAUAUGUUGAGCAACUCCUCAGAGCGGCUGCGGAUGUUGUUGGACGUGAUACAAGCUACACAUGGGGCGGCGGCAUGA